GUUGUACUCAUGGUAUUACUUAUGGUAUUAUUCAUGGUAUUAUUCAUAGUAUUACUUAUAGUAUUACUUAUGGUAUUACUUAUGGUAUUUUUGUAGUUUGGCUUUCUUGAAGAAAUGUCACUUUUUUAUUCUUCUUGUUCUGAGUUUGUCCUCAUGGUUGAAUUCACUUAUUGGAAGUCACUUUGUAUAAAAGCAUCUGCUAAAUGACAUGUAAUGUAAUGUCAUGUAUAUCAGAUAUAUAAGCGAUCCAGCAUCAGAACAGAGCGAGCAGAAUAGAAAAACCAAACUACUACCAAUACAACGAAUAGAAAUGUGCAGCUUAUUGGCUAAAGGCCGUAAAAUGUAGAGAGUAAAGUUGUGUGUGUGUUUUAUUCCUCCAAGUCGCCUGCUGCAGUGUCUACAGAAUGAGUUACGGAAGCACUUGCCAACCUUUUUGAUUGAUCCUGAGCUACACGGAAAACUGCCCUCUGGUAUAGAGAUGGUGCUGAACACCUUGAUGAACGCCAUGUCCCUUCUACGCCGCUGUCGGGUCAACGCCGCCCUGACCAUCCAGCUCUUCUCCCAACUCUUCCAUUUCAUCAGCGUCUGGCUCUUCAACCGGCUCACGGGCCCGGAGGCCAGCGCUCACCGCGGCCUGCGCUCCCACUACUGGGGAGCUGCUCUCCGCCAGAGGCUCGCGGCCAUCGAAGCCUGGGCGGAGAGGCAGGGCCUGGAGCUGGCGGCCGACUGCCACCUCGGACACAUCACACAGGCAACCACGCUCCUGACCAUGAACAAGUACUCGAUGCAAGACGUGAAGGCCAUCCAGAAUACCUGUUUCAAGUUGAACUCCCUGCAGCUGCAGACGUUGCUAUCGGGCUAUCUCUAUGCAGCAAAUGCACCUCACAUUACGCCUUGACAGGGGCACCCCCGGGGCAGGACCCAUGAGGAGUCAUAGAAGAUGCUCACAGCCUGGGAGCUUCUGCUCUUCUUAGCCAUGUGGGUGAGAAGCACCUCCGCUGGCCCGCUCUCCUUCAGAAUCGGAUUUGAUCGAUGCUGUGGUGACGGCUGCGAAGGCCUCAGCAGAUAACCUGAUUCGGAGCGAAGGACGGGGCAUCCAGCUGGAAGAAAGCCUCGACCUACAUCUGCCCUUCCUGCUGCCGGAGGGAGGAUACUCCUGUGACACUGUGAGAGGAAUCCCGCCGGGGUUUAGGGAAUUUUUGGAGCCAAUUUGCGGAAAAGCCGAACUCUAAAGGCGAUUGGACCGUGCACUUCAGUGAAUCGACUUCCUCCGCAGAGAGCACAUGCUUGGGCGGCAGCUAUUAUGAUGCAAACCGGCCCCGUCGUGACCUUACAGGUCGCAAAGUUCGGAGCGAGCUACCACGGCCUGGAGGCUCUGCUGGCUAAACCGACACCAGGCCACACCAAGCCCAACGGCAAAGCGCUCAAGCUGUACAGAGAUGUGGAUCCUGGUCCGUCAGAACGUCUCCAGGGAGGCAGCAAGCGGUCCAAAGACGAGACGAUGCAGAGGAACCGCCGACGGUACCGCUCCAACCCCGACAUGAACACGGGUUUUUCCCCCGAGGACGGAGAUGAACCCGUCGACCCUGUUGUGAGAGCGGACGACACGACUCCCGUCUCCAGUGUCGACCUUUGUGCUGAUACAUUUCACAGGGAAUACUUGACACUUCCAACCCCGGCAUCGCAGGACAAGAACGCAUCGGAAAGCCGUCGACCACAGCGAACAUUGAACGUGUCUUUGAGGCCUUUAGAUGGACGGUACUCCCCUCAGAGGACCUUCAUGCGCCAAGCUCUGUCGCAGGAGGACUUGUGCGUGGACCGCGGACGCCCCCUGCUGGACAGGAGGCAUAACUUGUGGGAGCAGAAGGAGCAGCGCGCAAAGCAAACCCUGAGCCACUGUUCAUCUUUCCCCAUCCGCUCCAGUGUUUCCUCUCACGACGUCCUCCUCUCCGAGUACUGCUCCCCUGCUCCACCACGGCAGGGGCAGCAGCAAGUCCCUAACUAAAGUGGGUUCAGUGAGUUGAAGCAAAGUGACACAAGCAUGGUACAUGAUCACAUAUAAAUUACAUUUAAAUUAUAUAUAACAUCAAAAAGUACACAUCUCUAACAGAUACAGCUACAAACACUAAUAAUUAUGGGAUGUCAUGACCCCAUCUAUGGAGGACUUAAAAUGACUUAAGUAUAAAUAAAUAAAUAAAUGAAUGCAUGAAUAAAUACAAGAAUAAAUAAAUAAAUGCUUAAAUAAAUGUAUAAAUGAAUAAAUAAAUGCUUAAAUAAAUGUAUAAAUAAAUAAAUAAAUGUAUAAAUAAAUAAAUAAAUACAGGAAUGAAUAAAUAUAAGUUAUAAAUCAACAAGACAUCAUUAAAUAAAUAUAUUUCUGCAUUUCUGUAUUUCUUCAUUUAUUUAUUUCUCUAUUUAUGUGUCCACACGUAUUUCUUCAUUUAUUUAUGUGUGACAUUUACGUGUCCGUAUAUUCAAAUGAGCUGGGCGGUCCGAACCUCUGUCUAAAGCAUGAUUGGUCACAGGAGUGUGAUGCACCUGGUGUGUUGUGCUCUACUACUUCUGCCUGGCACAUGACGCUGAAGUUGACUCGCUCAGCUCACCGUUAGCAGAAGUUAGCCUAGACAGCUUUUUGACUUCAGCCGUUUAUCAAUUCCAAGAACACUGAGUACAGACUCGUGUUCUUUUGGAGUCUGGUCUUUGGAGUCUGGUUUUGGGAGUCCAGACUCUCGAGGACGCAGGACGGUCUUUCUGGUCUUGUGACGUCACCACAUCAACUGUUCUUGCUCAUGAAUUUACUCCAAUUAUUCACUGUAAAAUAAUUUACAGUGGAGUAGAAUGUGUUGCGGUGUUCACUGUUUGGCGUAGGCUACGAAUAAACGAUAAUAAAUAUACAACGUCUCGUAGCUUUCCUGACCCAGGGUCGCUACAAUAUGAAGUUAUGAAUCUUAACCCUCAGUCAAAUUGACGUAACGUUAUCUUUUAGUAAAUAAUAAACUCGUUGUGCUCUUUAGA